GCUACGUGGAAUAUUGCUGCAGUCAACAACAACCCAUUUGAGUAUUGGGUUACCCACAAUGAUCCGGCAUACAAUAAGAUGAUGGUUGAUGUGCAAGACUUCAUUGAUGAGCCAGGCAGUAGGGAUUGUCCCAUACAUGAGGUUUUGACAGACGAGAUGUUUGAUGAGCUUGUUCAGCACCUGGAUAGAAUGAAGUGCAGUGGACUUGACAAGCUCAGAGAUACAUGGGUGUCGGAGUACAGAAGCCGAAAGAUUAUCAGUGGUUUCUUGAAAGAAAGAUCGAUCGGAAGCAAGAGGUUGAUUUCCAUGCCCGAUCGAGUAACCAACACGAUUCAUGCAGCUGAUGGUACGGUAUUCUACAGACCAACAGCAAUCAAUUGUUAUGAUGGGAACUUUGAAAACAAGUCUGCUUGGUGGGGCUUGUGGCAGAAAUUUAUUUUUGAUACUCAAAUCUUGGUCCACAAUGCAAAAAAGCGUCCGGAAGGAUACCCAUGUCUAGUUUUUCAAAUGUUGGAACCAAUCCUGAAGUGCAAAUAUCCAGCCAUUACAGAGGAGGAGGAACUGAUCUGUAUUCCUCUUCAAACUCUUUGCCUUGCCAUUUUCGAUGCCAUCAUUAUUCAUAUGUUGGACUGUGUAGCUCCUCAGAAGUGGCAAACGUUGAGAAAAUCUCUCUCCGAUGCGUUGUAUAAAGGGAAGGAUAGGCAGAUUAUUGAGAUUCUAUCAAGGACGUACAAAGAUGCAGCAUUCGUAUUCUUGCAAGAGGUUGCUGCUUCCUUUGUCAAGAAGGUCGAAGCUGGUUCGCUGUGCGAUGAUUUCAUUGUGUUUAAGCCAGCCAAGAUGGAUGGGAAAAGAGAUCAGAACAGUAUAAUUAUGGUAAAAAAGGAUCUCUUCGAUCUCACUUCAGCGCGGGAUGUCACAAACGAAAUUUUAGCAGCUGUGGAAGACUGGCAGUGCUCUGAUGGCGACCUUGUGGCGUAUACAAUACAGAGCAAAGACCUCUGCAAAUACCUGCUUGUUUCGUUCCAUGGCGAUACAAACGGACUUGCAACUUUACCGGUCGUCCGAGCAGUGCACGCUGUUGCAAGCAGCACAUACUCUGAUCAUGCACUCGUGUUUGGGCUAGAUGCUAACACUGCUACGUAUCAGGUGAUGAUAGCCUUUGAGAUGGAUAUGAAGGAGCUAACUGCUCUCCAGGGUGUCUCGCAUUUUUACGACGUGAUCGCUUCAAUGGGUAUGGCUUCUUGCUGGGGAACCCCUCCAAAUCCUGUGAACCCCACAACGUGCAACGCCAGAACUUACCUGCAGCCCCAACUGAACAAGGCG